AUGACAUCCACGUUGAAAGCUUCCAAGCAAGAAGAGACAGGAGUCUCUGAAGGCAGCGAACGUUCCCUACCAACCGAGUCCAGUGGCGGCUACACUCCUCCUCCUCGCCGUCCUGGCAACAAUGCACGUCCCUCCAGUUUCUCGGCCAAAUGGACGGCUGCCAUUAGUGGAAUUGAAAGUCGCAUCACGGCAGGAUUGCGUGUCAUCAGUCGUCACGCCGCCAGUCAUCCACGCAAAUACGUUGUGGGCAUUCUCGUGCUCAGUCUCGGGCUGGUCGCCACAGGAAUCUUUACCAAUUUCAAUGUCGAUACCAACGACGAUACUCUCUGGACUCCUGCUGGAUCAAAACCAAUUGUUCAUUCCGAAUGGAUAGCCGAAACACUCCCACCGACUCCCAGACCCUUUUUGAUCAUGGUACAUUCCAAGGGAGACAAUGCCGUCACACACGAGGGAGCCAUCCGCACCUUUCAAGCAUUGGAUGCCAUUCGAGAAUUGGACAACUAUCACACAGUUUGUGCCACUAAUACCAGUUAUGUCAAUCAUCAGGGCAAUCACACCUGCAACAUUGAAGGGAUUACCAGUUUUUGGAAUGACACCACAGGCAUCUUUGAAGCAUCCGUACAAUCGACGGACGAUCUCUUGCAAACAGUCUCGGCAUCGCAUUAUCCCGAUGGUAGACCCGUCGAUCUUCCCGCCAUUAUCGGAUACGCCACCUUAGACGACACAGGUAUGGUGACGGCCGGACAAUCCUUUGUCGUCAUUAUCGAAUUCCCCUUUACAAAAGACGCGGAAGCCUUUGAAGAACAUGCCAUUAAUCGUAUCUUGGAUCUGCAAGACGAAUGGGACAGUCAAUCCAACAACAAUAACUAUCAUGUCGAGAUCCUUGCCGAACGAUCCUUUGAUGAUGAAUUUGCACGCGCCAUUGUCGGGGACAUUCCCCUGGUCCCUCUGGUGUUCACAGUCAUGAGCAUUUUCACCUGUCUCAUUUUUGCCAAACGCGACCCCGUACAAUCACGAGCUUUGAUGGGAUUUGGUGCCGUCGUUGCCGUUCUCUUGGCCAUUAUGAGUGGCUACGGAUUGCUAUUUAUCAUUGGUGUCCCGUUCACAUCCAUGACCCAAAUUUUGCCAUUCAUCAUGUUUGGAAUUGGACUCGAUGAUGCCUUUAUCAUUACCGGAGAGUAUGCCCGGACUGAUCCCAAAAAGGAUCCCGUGGAACGCAUUGAUGAAACCAUUCAAGCCGUGGGUUUGUCCAUUGCUUUGACCACCAUUACUUCGGUAUUGGCGUUUGGAUUGGGAGCCAUGUCCUCGGUCCCUGCCGUCUUUUGGUUGUGUUACUAUGCAUUUCCUACAUUGGCCAUCAACUUUCUCUAUCAAGUUACCUUUUUUGUUGCCAUUAUUGUCAUUGACGAAAAACGCGUUCAAGACAGGCGACGGGAUUGCUGUGUUUGCUUCUCCGGACCAAAGGUGGAAGAGAAUGACGACAGCCAGGAACCCAAUGAUACCCCUCUUGAAAUGCCCAUGGCCGACCGUGUCAUGCUCAAGUAUGCCGACAUUUUGCUCCGUCCUUGGAUGAAAGUACUAGUGCUGAUUGGGUUUGCCGCCAUGUUGGGUGGAUUCGCCUACAGCACGACUCUCUUGGAGCAAGAGUUCAAUUUUGUCGAUGUCCUUCCCAGUGACUCUUACAUUACUGAAUUCUUUGAUGCGUUUGGCGAAUUGUACGAUCGUGGGUCUACUUUCCCACAAGCCCAUUUCCGAUUCGUCGAUCAGUCCGACCCUGCCAUUCAAGAUCAGAUGGAGACUUAUGUCAAUGAGCUCGUUGCCAUUGAUUCCGUGGAAUAUCAACCCACGUUCUUUUGGUUGCGAGAUUUCAAAAAGUUUCUAGAUUCGAACCAGAACACCACUGCAGACCUUGCCUUCAACCAACAACUGGAUGCCUUUAUGGAACAACCGGGCGUGGCGGAUUUGUACGGUAGUGAUAUCUUUCGAGAUGCCGAUGGAAACGUGGAAUCCUCACGGGUCACCUUUUACAUUACCAACGUCGACAUUGAAUCGGUCACGGAUCAGGUCAGUGUAUUGGAAGACCUCGAUGCCGUCACGGAAAGCCAGCCUGUGAACCAGGGCAAGGAGGAUUUUGCAUUCUUCAACUACGGGAGCAUCUACAACAUUUGGGAAUUCUACAGGGUUGCAGUUGACGAGCUCAUCCUUACCACCAUCACUGGAGUUGUCGCUGUGACUGGCGUUGCCUUGGUUUUGGUCCCCCACUGGAGUGCUGCCCUCUUUGUCCUCCCCUUAAUCUCCAUUCUCUACAUUGACAUGUUGGGCUUCCUCCAGUUGGCUGGGGCACAUGUCAACGCUGUGAGCUACAUUUCCUUGGUGAUGAGUAUUGGACUCCUGGUCGAUUUUGUCGUUCACGUGCUGUUGCGAUUCUACGAGUGCGAAGGUACUCGGGAUGAAAAGGUUCGAGAAACGCUUCGGACCAUGGGUUCCAGCAUUAUGAUUGGUGCCGUCUCCACCUUUCUAGGAGUGAUUCCGUUGGCUUUUAGCACCAGUGAGAUCUUUGGCACCAUUUUCAAUGCCUUUGUGGGAUUGGUGGUGCUGGGAUCUCUGCACGGUCUGGUGCUGCUUCCUGUGGUGCUGUCGCUCAUUGGACCCGAAGAAUGCAUACGACCGGCCAAGACCGAACCAAAACAGGUGGUUGAGGACGAUGAGAAGCCGGUCAAGGAAGAGCCCAGCAGGAACAGCAGUAUGGCUUGGGAUAGCAGCGCGUUGCUGGCCACUGCCACGAACGAAAUCGAAGUGUGA